UUUGUUACUGGACAACUUGCACUUUUCUACUCAUACGUCUUUGAAGAAUCAUAUCCUUGUGGUGGGGACUGAUUGACUCACACAAUAAUGCAGAUUGGGUUUUCAUGUACUUAAAGUUCCGUAUAUACCCGUUGUUCCUCUUUGUAGAAAUGUUUUCGGGUCGGGUCUAUUGAAGUAUGGAUAUUUAUAAGUGGUGUUAGUUGUAUUGAGCUCAAUGUGUAGAGAAGAGAAGAUGGUGAAGGUGGAAAAGGGAUCAGAUGUCGCUGAGAAAAUAGUUGUUGCGGUGAAGGCAUCUAAGGAAAUCCCGAAGACCGCUUUGGUUUGGGCUUUGACUCAUGUGGUUCAACCAGGGCAUUGUAUUACAUUGCUUGUGGUCUUGCCUGCACAAAGUUCUGGUAGGAAACUAUGGGGUUUUCCAAGAUUUACCGGGGACUGCGCCAGUGGCCACAGAAAAUCUUAUUUGGGAACAAGUUCAAAACAGAAAAUCGAUCUUAUGGAUUCCUGCUCUCAAAUGAUUUACCGCUGA